AUGGACAUCGCCGAGAAAAACGUCGAGGAAGUUCGGAUUCACACCAUCACAGCACGCCCUUCCUUCCGCCAUGCAUUUCGAACCUGGGCAUCCUUCAACCGCUACAUAAAGACCGACACGGAGAGGAAUAUCCCAGGGAAUGGGCACAUAUGGGAGAAUGAAGACCUCCUCCCCUCCCCCGAGGAGCAUCAGACCUGGGGAACAGGUUCCUUCUUUGCUUUCUGGUUCUCAGACUCGAUGAAUACGAGUACUUGGGCUGUCGCAUCUUCGAUGAUUACCCUCGGCAUGACAUGGUGGCACGCCAUUCUCGUAGUAUUCUCGGCAAACAUGUUAUCGUCAAUUAUACUCGUCCUAAACGGAUACGCGUCAAGUGGAUGGCACAUAGGGUAUCCCGUACUCGUACGGACAUCGUUUGGCGUCGUGGGAAGCUUUUUCGCCAUUCUCAUUCGAAGUAUAUUGGGGAUCGUGUGGUUUGGGGUGCAAUGUACCUUUGGGGGAUACUUUGUUUCCAUAUGCCUGCGGUGUAUCUGGCCGGCGUGGUACACCAUGACAAACCAUAUUCCGGAGAGCAUAGGCAUUACCUCGAGGGACUUGGCGGGUUUUUCUAUUUUCUGGAUAUUAAGUUUGGGGUUUUUAGUUAUACCUCCUUACAAGACGAGGUGGCUUUUUAUUGUCAAGAGUUUCUUAUUACCACCGACGGGAUUGGGUUUAUUGAUCUGGGCCUUGAAGAAGAACCACGGGUUCACAGGCAUGAGCUUCGGUGCUACUCAGUCGAGUGGAUCGACUCUGGCGUGGGCAGUUCUUGCCCAAUUCAAUGCAGUGAUGGGAACCAACUCCGCGCCCCUGGUCACAGUACCAGAUAUAACUCGAUAUGCACGCCGUCGUAGUGCACAAACCGAAGGGCAACUUUUCUCUCUCCCGAUUGGACAGACUUUGUGGGCGACGUGUGGGAUCAUGGUGACGGCGGCGAUGAACCGCCAGUGGGGUACGGCAUAUUGGAAUCCAUAUGAUCUCUUAAACGCGAUACUUGACCAUGACAUAUCCUCCUCCACCAGAGCAGGAUGCUUCUUUGCAUCCGCCGCGUUUAUCUUAGCGACCCUCGGGACCUCCAUCGCUACUAAUACCAUCCCCUUCGGAGCUGACAUUACAGCUUUAUUACCGAGAUAUCUCACCAUCGUCCGGGGACAGCUUCUUUGCGCCCUGAUAGGGUUCGUCGUAUUCCCCUGGCGUAUCCUCUCGAAUGCCCCAGGGUUCCUCACGUUCCUCAACGGGUACUCGAUAUUCAUGGGGCCCGUCGUUGGUAUAAUGAUAAUUGACUACUUUUUAGUACGCAAGGGAAACCUCCAGCUCGCGAGCCUUUACACUGGCGCUCGGGACGGUGCGUAUUACUACACCUGGGGGAUCAACUGGCGAGCUAUCGUCGCCUUCAUUGCGGGUAUAGGUAUACCCUUUCCCGGGUUCGUCCAGAGUUUUGGGAAUGUGGCGAUAGGCGAGGUGGCUAUGGAGAUGUUUGACUUUGGGUGGAUUGUGAGCUUUGGGGUUGGGGCGGGAAUGUAUUGGGUUCUUUGUAGGGUGUGGCCGGCGGUGGGGAGUGGUCCGGGCUUUGAGGUGGAGUUGGAGAGAGUGGAGAGGGAAGAGGUGGAGAGACGGAUUAAGGAGGAGUAUCCGGAUGGUGUACCAUAUAUUUACUAG